GGGAGCGAAACCACAGUAGCGCAGGUCUCCUUCCACCGACGACGACCAAUCUGCACCACGCCCACCGCAGCACAGCGAAGGAGCUUCUCCCUCCAUCCCUUUCACCCGAUGGAGAGUUUCUGUAGUGGAGGUGGGCUCCUAGACACUGUGGGCACUCAUUGGUGAUUCCAUUUCCCGCAACCAUGUUCAAUCCCUGCUUUGCAUUCUCUCCCAGGAAAUUGAAUUAGAUUAAUUUAGAAACAAGAAUGGCUGAUAAGGAUGAUGUUAACAUAACUGUUUCUGAAAAUGAAAUUGAAGAAGAUGAUACUGAAAAACAGUCUGAAACGGUAGAGGUUGAUAAAAGGAGAAAUAAGGCUAGCACAGCUGAUUGUUGGAGGUAUUUUAGUAAGGUUGGGGAGGAUAAGAAUAAGGCAAAGUGUAAUGGUUGCAACAAAGUUUUUGCGUGUGGUGGAAGAAAAUAUGGAACUUCACAUUUGAAUCGGCAUAUUAUGAAGUGUGGUAAAAUCAAAACUGAAGAUAUUGGUCAAAUGAUGUUAGAUAUGCAAGGAAAAUUGAAGGCAAAGAAAAUAGAUCAAUCAGUGCACUGUCAGUUGUUGUGUGAACUGAUUGUUAGGCACAAUUUGCCUUAUAAAUUUGUUGAGUAUCCUGAACUUAGGAGCUGGAUUAGGUACUUGUGUCCUGAUGCAGUUAUGGUUAGUAGAAACACUAUUAAGGCAGAUAUUGGGAGACUCUAUGAGAAAGAAAAGUUAAUUCUUAAAACUCUGCUUCUUUCAAUUCCUGGUAGGAUAUGCUUGACAUCUGAUUUGUGGACAUCUAUUAAUACUGAGGGAUUCAUAGCUUUGACUGCCCAUUUUGUGGACUUGAGUUUUGAGUUGUCUAAGAAAGUUUAUGAACUUUUGCAAGAGUGGGGAUUAGAGAAAAAGGUUUUCUCUAUCACUUUGGACAAUGCUUCGGCAAAUGAUGUGCUUCAAAAUUCUUUGAGAACUCAACUUAAUCUACAUAAUGGCUUGAUAUGUAGUGGGGAAUUCUUUCACAUUCGUUGUUGUGCCCACAUACUGAAUUUGAUUGUGCAAGAAGGAUUAAAGGUGCUAGGCAAUACUCUAGAUCAAAUUAGAAAUAGCAUCAAGUAUAUUAGGGGGUCAGAGACUAGAACUUUAAAAUUUAAACAAUGUCUUGACAAAUUUGAUGACAUUGAUUAUUCAUGUGGAUUCUCUCUUGAUGUCCCUACACGAUGGAACUCAACAUACUUGAUGCUCAAAGGUGCCUUAAAAUAUCGAUGUGUUUUUGGAAGCUUGCCAAUGGUUGAUGAAAGUUACAAAUAUUGUCCUUCAGAGGAAGAGUGGGACAAGGCUGAAAAAAUUUGUAGGUUCUUAAUGCCUUUCUAUGAUAUGACAACCUUAAUGUCUGCCACAAGCUAUCCCACAUCAAAUUUGUAUUUCUUACAAGUUUGGAAGAUUCAAAGUUUGUUGAUGGAGAAUGUUAAGGAUGGAGAUGAUUUGAUAAAGAAGAUGGCUGAAUUGAUGAUGGUUAAGUUUCAAAAGUAUUGGGAUGAAUAUAGUGUUGUGCUUGCUUUUUGGGCAAUUUUAGACCCAAGAAUGAAACUACAAACAUUGGCCUACUGCUUUGAUAAGAUUGAUCCUCUUACUUCUGAAUUGAAGUUGGCAAAAAUUAAGGACAAGUUGUACAACCUUUUUGCUGAAUAUAGUAAAAGUUUGCCAACAACAACAUCAACAAAUGUUCUAAAGCACAAACAAGGACAAUCUUCUUCUUCCUCAUCCGUUUCUCUUCCACAUCUAAGCCUAUUUGAUGAAUUAAAAGAGUGUGAUAGUGAAUUGGGUAAUAGAAUUGGAAAGAAUCAACUUGAGACAUAUUUGGAGGAACCAAAUCUAGGUUUUCGAUUUAUGGAGCACAUGGAUGUCUUGGAAUGGUGGAAAAAUAAUAGUCUAAGAUUUUCUGACCUAUCAAUAAUGGCUAGAGAUCUCUUAAGCAUCCCAAUAACAACUGUGGCAUCAGAAUCUUCUUUUAGCAUUGGGUCUCGGAUCCUUAACAAAUAUAGGAGUCGACUCUUACCCGAGAAUGUCGAAUCCAAUAUUUGCCUUUCUAGUUGGAAGCAUGGUUUUGUUGAGGAAGAUGGAGAAAAUAUUACUUACAAAAAUCUGGUGGUAAAUGAAGGGUCUUCCGGUGUUGCUUCCAAUGUCAUAAGCAUGGAAGAUGAAGAACAAUAGACUACAACCAUGAAGAUGUUUCUAUGUUUUGGACUGUUUUUGAUUUGAACUUUGUUGGUUUGGUGUUUUCGUGUUCUAGACCACUUUUAUGGACUCUUUUAUGUUGUUAUUGCACUUCAUUCAUAUGAUGUCCAGGACUUGUUUGUUACACUUGUUUAAUGCUCCAAGACUUCGUUUGUUGGACUAUUUUUUAUGUUGUUUAUUGCACUUGUCCAGGUUUUGGUUGA